AUAUGGAGAGGGAGGUACGUCAGUUGCAGCAGGGUUAUGUUGCCUGUAACCUGCAGCGAAAUAGGGUGGAGCCUAAGGCCCCCCUAAAUCCAUUCACAGUAUCCUACCCCUUAGAAGUGGUGGGGUUGGACUUUUUGUCCUUAGGUCGGCCCACAGACACCUACCAGAACAUUCUUGUUGCUACUGAUCUGUUUACCCGUUUUUCUUGGGCUAUUCCCACUCGAGAUCAAACAGCUCAGACUACAGUAAAGGCCCUGUGGACCCAUGUGAUCCAACCAUUUGGUUGCCCCGCCCGUUUCCAUUCUGACCAGGGACCCAAUUUCGAAUCUGCACUGAUGAAACAAUUUUGUGAUACCUAUGGUAUAACUAAAAGCCGCACAACUCCCUACCAUCCCGCAGGAAAUGGCAGUGCAGAGCGUUUUAAUCAGACCUUGUUAAAUAUGCUCCGCUCUUUAGAGACGUCUAAGCAAUCUCACUGGGCCGACUAUCUGCCCGAACUGACACACGCCUAUAAUAACGCCACACACAGUGCGACUGGGUAUACCCCUGCCUUCCUCAUGUUUGGGCGACACCUGCGACUUCCUGUUGAUGUAGGAUUAGGUGUAGGUCCCCAACAGAUGAGGCACGAUGUAGGUGGGUGGGUACAAGACCACCAGCAGAAACUGUCCUUAGCUUAUAGCCUGGCUAAACAAAGAAUAGAGAGUGCAGCCACCCAGAACAAGCAGCACUAUGACAAGAGGGCCAAAGCGUUACCACUUUUACCGGGGGAAAGGGUGUGGGUGCGAGAUAGGAACAGACGAGGGGCAGGGAAGUUGUGUACUUGGUGGGACCCAGAGCCAUGGGUGGUGUUGGAGCAGGUGGGGGAUACAGGGGUUGUGUACAAGAUUCAGCCAGAGAAGGGUGGCAGAAUACAAAAUAUCCAUAGGAACUCACUUAAGGUGUGUACAGUACCCCCAACCGAAGUCCCGCUACCAACCACUGAGCCGGUUGUCCAGAUGCAGGGACCCACUCAGCCCAUGAUCUACGGGUUCCUUCCAGCACCGGUAGCCAUACCGCCUGUGAAUGUGGAACCUGAGGGUGCCCUAUGAUGCUCCACCAGGGUAAACUUUUGACAAACUCCAGUCCGUUAUAGAGACUCAUAACAUGUUGCAGGGACUGCUAACUUUAAAGUGUGGGAAGAUGUCACGGGGGGAAGUUUGAUUUUAUUUAAGCAUGCUUUUAUUUUGAAGUGUGGUGUGUGUGUUUGUGUUUCGUUGGUUUUACUUCCCCACCGGAGACAUGCCUUAAUCAAGAGUAAGGACUUACACCUGGGACCCAGAGAGGGGAGUGACUGUUCUUGGAUAAAAAGGACACUAUCGAAGACACCCGGGGCACGAGGGAGGACACGGAGGGCACGAGGGAGGACACGGAGGGAACGAGGGAGGACACGGAGGGCACAACGGGCCGGACAGCAGGAAGCAGACAGAGACAGAGCGGAUCAUCGGCCUGGAAGAGGUCUGAAGAGACACCGGAGCAAACACCGACCGUUAGCGGCUAUAAUUGGGAGAAGGUAAAACUUCUCCCUCCCGCGUAAGUCCCGUUUUAGACCGGUGUUUGUGUAGUGUGUAAUAUAUAAAGUUGUGCCUUGUUAAAGGACAUUGACUGGCCCUGGGUUUCCCUCGACAGGCUGCCUAAGAGCGGAGCCAGGUGAAGAGCAGGUGGUCGCCACCAGAGACCCGCGACUGCCGUUGUUGACCUCCCACUCCAUCCGUCCCGCAUUAUUUUAGCUGGGUUUUAGUUGUUUGUGUUUUUUGUUUUUAGUUUCUUUGAAGGUAGAGCUUUUAGUUGUUUUUACUUAUCUUAAAAUAAAUUGUGUUCAACUGUG